UCAUCGCUGACACGCUGUUCUUUCUCUGUUGACGAAGGAUUGUGGAAAGUAGAUGUAGUAUUUAAAUCAAUAAUAAUCGCCAUAACUAUCUACAUUUCAUUUCCAAAGAAAUUAUAAUUCAACAUGGUACAGAAAAAGAUAAAAGGAAAGAAAGGAAAAAAGAAGAUUGCUUCUGCACCUCUGGCCACUAAAAAGACCGAAGUGAAGAAGGUUGUCAACCCGCUGUAUGAGAAGCGACCACGUAACUUCGGGAUUGGUCAGAACAUCCAGCCCAAGCGUGAUCUUAGCCGCUUUGUGCGAUGGCCUAAAUACGUUCGCUUGCAGAGACAGAAGGCUGUUCUCUAUCAGCGACUUAAAGUACCUCCCCCCAUCAACCAGUUUACACAGGCGUUGGAUCGGCAAGUAGCCACACAGUUGUUUCGCUUGCUGGAUAAAUACCGUCCCGAGUCGAAACAGGCCAAGAAGGCUCGUCUUCGUCAGAGGGCCGAAGAGAAGGCUGCGGGGAAGGAGGAUGUUCCGACAAAACGUCAGUUAGUGGUGCGUCAGGGGUGCAAUACGGUCACGACCUUGAUAGAGCAAAAAAAGGCCCAGUUGGUAGUUAUCGCCAACGACGUUGAUCCGAUCGAGUUGGUGCUUUUCAUGCCCUCCCUGUGCCGUAAAAUGGAAGUUCCUUAUUGUAUCGUGAAGAACAAGUCUCGUCUUGGUCGUGUGGUGCGGAGGAAGACGUGCUCGUGCUUGGCUCUCACCCAAGUCAAAUCGGAGGACAAGACCUCACUAAGUAAACUGGUGGAAGCCAUUAAGACCAACUUUAAUGAUCGUUAUGACGAGAUCCGCAGACACUGGGGAGGUGGCAUGGUUGGCUCUAAAUCUGCAGCCCGUAUUUCCAAAAUAGAGAAAGCCCGAGCCAAGGAAAUUGCCCAGAAAGUUGGAUAAGAUUAAAUCUGGAGGAAGCUUUAAAAAAUGUUUCUUUGAAUAAAAGUUGAUAUAUUGAAAAUCUUCA